AUGCAAUUUAUUUGCUUUGUUAGGAGAAAAAAGAGAGAAGAAGAGAGAAGAAGAGAGAAGAAGAGAGAAGAAGAGAGAAGAAGAGAGAAGAAGAGAGAAGAAGAAAAAAGAAGAGAGAAGAAGAGAGAAGAAGAGAGAAGAAGAGAGAAGAAGAGAGAAGAAGAGAGAAGAAGAGAGAAGAAGAGAGAAGAAGAGAGAAGAAGAGAGAAGAAGAGAGAAGAAGAGAGAAGAAGAGAGAAGGAGAGAGAAGAAGACAGAAGAAGAGAGAAGGAGAGAGAAGAAGAGAAAAGGAGAGAGAAGAAGAGAGAAGAAGAGAAGAGAGAAGAAGAACAAUUGUGGAUACAACACGCAACUUUAAUUCAUUAGAAUCUUACAACGAUAUAGUCUCCUUAAAAUUGCCAACGUACCUGAAACUCCAGUCUAACAAAUCAAUAAGAAUUGAAUUUUUGAGC